AUGGACAAUAAUCCGGGACAAAGCUCCCCAGGUGCGGCUGGUGGAAGCAGUCAACAGCAAGAGCACACGUCGGAAGGCAUCCUCCCAGCUGGCCAUUGGCAAGAGCGAGAAGGCAACCGACCCGAAGACGACGACUUCGAUGACGACGACGAUUCUGCGCUUGGUUCCGAUGCUGGCAGCUCGACUGCUUCGAUCACGUCGAGCAUUCUACAGUAUCGAGAAAUUCACGGGCGAAGAUUCCAUGGCGAGACCGGCACAGCGCAGUACUGGCAGUCCAACGACGAGGCGGCAAAUGAAUCGCUGGACAUAAAUGACUUCGCAGAUGAGUAUCCUGAUGCUCAGAUCGUUGGCACCGACAUUUCCCCCAUUCAGCCAACAUGGGUACCUCCCAACCUCCAAUUUGAAAUCGAAGACUGCACGCAGGAUUGGACAUUUCGCAGCCAAGACUUUGACUAUGUGCAUAUGCGGUGGCUCCUUGGCAGCAUCCAAGACUGGGACGCCCUGCUGCAGCAAGCAUAUCGCGUACUGCGGCCAGGGGGUUACAUCGAGAGCUUGGAGACUUCAGCCAUUAUGACGAGCGAUGAUGGCACCGUCACGGAGACGUGUCCCAUGGGGCAAUGGGGCAAGUUCUUCAUCUCCGGAGGCAAGAAGAUUGGAAGAUCCUUUACUGUUGUCGAGGACGAGACACAGAGAAAGUCGAUUGAGGCAGCCGGCUUUGUCGACAUUCAAGAAUUCAAUUUCAAGAUGCCGAUAGGAGGCUGGGCAAAGGACCCGAAGCUGAAGGAGCUCGGGCAAGUCGCACAGAUGGUCCUCGAAAGAGACGUCGAGGGCUACAUCGUCUUCAUGGCAAACACGCUGGGGUGGACGCGGGAGGAGAUUUUGGUGUACAUCAGCAUGCUGCGGCGGGAUGUCAGAUCGAAAAACUUUCACGCAUAUUAUAAUCAAAAAGUGGUGUGGGCACGGAAGCCAUUGGAUGGAGAACAGCGAUGA